ACUAGGAGACUUCCCCUUGCCGCUCCCCAUCUUAUCCCCGCCGCGCUCCACCUGCGCCCCACACGCAACGGAACUCCUCCCCAAUUCCACCACUUCACCCGUCUUCACUCCCUCGCCGAAGCCACCGUUCGUUCCCCUCCCUACCGGCCGCUGUGGCGCUCCGGUCCGACUGCUCCCCGCACUCCACCCCGGCGUCGGGCUGGGCUCACGACCUCCCCGUAGCAUAGAACCCCCAACUCGUCCAAUGGCGCCGCAGCUGCAGGGGUGCUACUGGGUCUCCUCCUGGCCGCGGCUCCAGCAGCUGCCCCCGUGGCCGCGCUCCUCCGACUCACAGCGGCGGCAGGUGCUUCGUCUGUUGCCGCCUCGCCGUCCUUGCGCCGGCGCGGUCCGGGUGGUCGUGGACGCCGGCCCGGCGCUGGCCCAGGACCACGCGGCGCAUGGGAUGGGGAUCCGGUACCCCAUGAAAGAGGAGGUAGGCGGGGAGGAGGACCUGGACGAGAGGGAGCGGCUGAGGCGGUUGCGGAUCUCGAAGGCGAACAAGGGCAACACGCCAUGGAACAAGGGCAGGAAGCACAGCCCAGAGACGCUUCAGCGGAUACGCGAGAGAACCAGGAUUGCAAUGCAGGACCCCAAGGUUAAGAAAAAGCUGAUGAAUCUGGGGCAUGCACAGAGUGAGGAGACACGAAUAAAGAUAUCACAGGGAGUGAGGCGAGGUUGGAGUUUGCGUCUACAGAAAUUAAUGGUGCAGGAUGGCUGCUUUGUGGAGUGGCGGGACAUGAUAGCUGAUGCGGCUAGAAAGGGCUUUGCUGGUGGAGUUGCCCUCCAGUGGAAUUCAUAUAAAAUCUUGACUGAGCAAAUGCGGCUGGAGUGGUUAGAUAAUCUUCAGAAAAAAAGAUCAAUGCUGAGGCCAAGAGGUAAUAGACGAGCACCAAAAACUCCUGAACAGAGGAGAAAAAUUGCGGAAGCCAUUGCUGCGAAGUGGUUAGAUCAAGAAUAUCGUGAACGUGUUUGCAGUGGAAUUGCUAGCUACCAUCAUGGAACAUCUACUGGGACUAGAGCACCAAGAAAGCCAAGACCUGCCAGAGAACCAGGUGUAAAGAGAGAAACAGUGAAAAAGAAACCUAUGCAAGCCAGAGCUGUUGGAUUAGAGGAUGCUCAUGGAAAAGCUGCAACAGUUAAGAGAAAGAAAAGCACAACUCCUUACAAAGAUCCAAUGGCAGGUGAAAAAUUAGAGAUGAUAACAAAGAUUCGAGCUCAAAGGGCAGCACUGGAAAUAGAAAAGAAAGAAGCUAUUAAAAGGGCCAGGUCACUAAUUGCAGAAGCCGAUAAGGCUGCAGAUGCUCUUGAAAUUGCUGCAGCAACAAGCCCUUUUGCUCAAGCAUCACUUAUAGAAGCUAGAAAGCUUGUUACAGAGGCAAGAGUGUCACUUGAAUGUGUUGAUAAUGAAGAGCCUGCAGAAAAUGUUUCUGAACAUACAUCGGAUGACUCAGCUGUAUUGGACUUGCACGACCAUGGCUUGAAGAAUCAAAAUCAAAGCGAUGUGAUGAAGCAAGAGAAUAAACCUGUGAAUGGCAUGAAAUUUCCUCCAAGCAAUGUUAAUGGCAUCGGUUUCCAUUUUGAUGUAUCCGCACUCAGUGAAACAGAACAAUUAUAUCAGAGAAUAGAAAAUUUUAUGGAAAGAGCUUUUUUUCUACCUUCAGCUUCGUCAACACUUAAACAUGUGAAUGGAGAUUUUGGAAUAAUAGAUUUCCAAGUGAGUCAAUCGAUGGUCAAUGAGACAGCAAAGCAUGAUCAAACUGCGGCUGAAUCAACAGAAAAUGGCCCUCCAGGGACACUGGAAGAAGACACUCCCUCAUUUGCGCAGAAGGCUGAAAGAACAGAAAGUUGUCCUCCAGAGAGACUGGAAGAAGACGCAACUUGGUCUGCAGAAAAGGCCAAGAUGAGGUGGGUACGUGGAAGGCUGGUUAAAAAUAGAAAAUGAUGUGGCGUAUUAUGAAAUCUAGUAGUACUUGACUGUAUCUGCCCAAGAUACCAUUCUAAGGCAUUUGGGUUUUGCUAGUUUCAGUUUAGCGACCAUUUUGUAAGCCAUGAUAUGCACGAUUGAGGGAAUGCAACCUGCUUACUGGUUGGAACCAAGCAUAACCCAAUUUGGUUUGGAAGGGAUUACUCAUCAUCACGAGACACAUUCAUGGUUGGUGCAUUCUACCAUGAAAGGUACGUUGGAUCACGUUUAGCACAGCCUGUUCUCGUCAGAGGUGAGAUAUGUAAUUAGUAGCUGGGAGCUUAGAUCUUUUCUCCUCGUGAUGUAGUCAGCUCUAGGAACAUGUUAUUCUAAUAUCGUGAUUCCAAGAAUGUAUGUCUUGAAUUACAAUAUUCUGUAGCCAUUACUGUAAUAUCGUGUUAGCUGGUGGCCUUCGCAUUCUGAUUGA